AUGGGUGCAGCUCAACCAUGCAGUCCAUGCUGCGUGCAUCGCGGCGAAGACUCAGGGUCGCCCAUGCCUCGAGAGGUCGAGUCAGAGGGUACCGCUUUGCAGGCGCCUCUUCCCGGCGGCUUGCAAGUGGAAGGAGCUACCCUGCCCAAGCGCCUGGAUCGGAAAGGCAUACCCAUCCUACACCGUGGUGAACUGUCAGAAGGAAGUGCCUCGCACAAAAUCACGUUUGCAGAUGAUGAAGGGGAAGCUGUGGAAGAGGUUUGGGAGAUUGACAACACGAAGCCCACUGCAAAACAGAAGCUGAAGAAGGCCCUGAAGGUGGAUAGCCUGGAUGCAUACCUUCAGCAGCGGGACAAGGCCACCGAUCUGGUCGAUCGCAGCCGCAUGCCAGAGAAGAGGCCGCUGAUCCCCCGAGCACGGGAGGAAGAGGACCGUUCAAGCCUGGCUCCAAGCUCAAUUGUGGGCUCUCGCCAACCUCGUCUUCCGGCAGUUGGAGAAGGUCGUGGAGGUGCUGGGUUGAAUCACUACGCGGGUUCGCAGCUUGCACCUCGUCAACGAGAGUCGAGACGCCCCCUGGCUGCGUACGCGCGCCAGCAGUACGGCGUCGCCGACUCCCAG